GGUCAGUUUUUGAUUGGUCAAAGCAAGAACCCCUGCAUAUUUUUUUAACGUUUUUAGUUCAGCCCACUCUCUCGGUGUCCGAAAUGGUUUCCCCUCUGCUUGCUACCCUCCCUCACUCUUCCUCACCCCCCUCACCCCUGUGUACGGUGCCCCAGACUGAGUUCAGCCCCUUCGGCUGGAGGCUCGGGUUUAUCUGGCACCAGAGAGAAAGUCAUUCAGGAGCUGCGCGCCGUGAGGUGAAGGAAAGCUCCGUCGCGGACGCCGGGGGGGACUGAGAGAGGACCGGGAGCCGGGGAUUUGACCUUUUCCGCAUAAACUCGGGUUUGUGAGGGCGAGCUGGGAGCUAUGGCGGUGUUCUCUGCUCUUUGGGUGCUCUUACUGUGCCAGCUUUUAACAUCUUCCUCAGCCCAGAGGCCGGGCCCCAGAGGAGCUCCUGGGCCACCAGGACCCGCAGGGCCACCAGGAAGGGAUGGCACUGAUGGCAAAACUGGACCUGCUGGAUUGCCAGGGAAAGCAGGUGCCAAAGGGAAAGCAGGAACAUCAGGGGCACCAGGAAAACCAGGCCUGCCAGGACUUCCAGGGGUGGAUGGUUUGACAGGUUCUGAUGGUCCAGCUGGAAAGGAUGGACCUCCAGGGGAUGCAGGUGAAGCUGGACCUCCUGGGCCUCCUGGACCUCCUGGCAGAGGGAGAUCAGGAGCCGCUGGACUACCUGGAACCAACGGGUUGCCAGGCGGAGUUGGACCCCAGGGUCCACCAGGUCCUGAGGGUCUUCCAGGACUUCCCGGACCUCCUGGCCCUGACGGACCACCAGGUCUUCCUGGUACUCUUCAUGAUCUUAGCGGUGACCUUCUGUGUCCUGCAAUCUGCCCCCCUGGUCCCUCUGGUGCUCCUGGGAUGCCAGGAUUCAAGGGUCACACAGGACACAAAGGAGACAAGGGAGAGCCUGGAAAAGAUGGAGAGAAGGGUGAUGCUGGUCCACCUGGUCCACCAGGUAUUCCUGGGACUGUGGGUCUGCAGGGCCCACGUGGUCUCAGAGGUUUACAAGGCCCAAUGGGAGCUGUAGGAGACAGAGGCCUGCCUGGUUUCAGAGGCAAACCAGGCAUUGCCGGUAUCAUUGGAAAGACAGGUGAUGCUGGAGAAAAAGGACCACAGGGAUUCAAAGGACCCAAAGGAGAAAUUGGUAAAAUUGGUCCCAAAGGCGGUCCUGGGGGAGCAGGACCCAAAGGGGAGCCUGGUAUUCCUGGCAGAGAUGGCAAAGAUGGUACACCAGGUUUAGAUGGUGAGAAGGGUGAUGCUGGACGCCACGGUGUAGUUGGAGAGAAAGGACCAAACGGCCUUCCUGGUCUACAAGGAAAGCCUGGAUCUAAGGGAUCUAAAGGAGAAGUUGGUGAUCCAGGGAAGCCUGGGGAGGCGGGACCCUCUGGAGAGCCAGGUAUUCCUGGUGAGAUUGGUGUCCCUGGGGAGAGGGGGAUAGCAGGACCCAGAGGAGUGGCAGGAGGCAUUGGACCAGUGGGAAACUCUGGGCCUCAGGGAGUGAAAGGCUUCCAGGGGGUAAAAGGAGCCUUGGGGGAUCCAGGUCUUCCAGGUCCCACAGGAAUCCGUGGAGAUUUUGGUGAAAGGGGUCCAGUUGGAGCCCAUGGAGCUAAAGGAGACAUGGGUGUGGCAGGAAGUGAUGGCUUACCAGGAGAGAAUGGAGAGCCUGGUCCUUUUGGCCCAGUUGGACAAAAAGGACAGCCAGGGAAGCGGGGUGAACUGGGACCAAAGGGGGUGACGGGCCCACAAGGAGAGCUCGGGGGAAGAGGGCCCCCAGGAAAACAAGGACCAAUGGGCUUCCAGGGGGAGCAGGGUCUACCUGGAAUUGCAGGAAAGACAGGUGUACCCGGUAAACUGGCAAGUGAGCAGCACAUCAGGGAGCUGUGUGGCUCAAUGAUCAAUGAUCAGAUUGCACAGCUGGCCGCCAACCUUCGGAGACCCUUGUCCCCCGGAAUGGUGGGCCGACCUGGCCCUCCUGGGUCUCCAGGAAAGCCAGGAGUUUCUGGCUCCAUUGGGCAUCCAGGUGCGCGUGGACCACCAGGGUACAGAGGCCUGCCAGGAGAACUUGGAGACCCAGGUCCCAGAGGUGAUGUUGGUGACCAGGGUGAUAAGGGAUCCAUUGGCAAAGCCAUUGAUGGACCUGCUGGAGACCAAGGAUACCAAGGUCUUCCAGGAGUACCUGGAAUUGUCAAAGAUGGGCGUGAUGGAUCUCCAGGAGAUCCAGGUGAGCCUGGAGAGCCAGGCAGGGUAGGUAGGACUGGGCACCAGGGAUCUCCUGGUAUCUGUGAUACAUCAGCCUGCCAGGGAACAUCACCCGCUGGAAAAUCCUCCAACCCCAAAAACCAUUAAACGUGACUUCCUGCAACUUGACGCCAUCCACCCCAUGGAAGAAGGGUGAUAAGUGAGGGAAGGAAGGAGUGAAAGCAUAGAGUGAUCACAAAAAUGUCCUCUUUAUUUAAAUACAUGUAUCACAAGAUGGGAAGAAUAACAACAACAGGGGUGACAUUUUGAGAGGACCAUCCAAGGAUUGACCUGAGCACCAGAGCAACUGAGAGGCAAAAAAAUCAAGAUGACAUCCAGAAAUAAAGUAGAGUGAGGCACGGAAAGAGUUCAAGAGAACAACUACAUUGCUUCCAAAUACUACAGUAUCGCAUUACAAGACUUGACUUGCAAACAACUGGAAAAUGAAAGAUGAGUCCUUUGUGUAUAAAAACGUUGCACAUUUUGUUUCCAUCCCCCCAUUAUCUUUGCUAACAUCCUUCUGGCAGAUGACACUCUAAGAACAACAGUGACUGUCUCUGAGUGAAUGUGCAUGUAUCAUGGCCCAUUAAUGUAAAUCACAGGUGUUACCUCAACAUACAACCUUACAGUGUAAAAUAUGGAAAUGGGUGAAGGAG